GCGGGGCUGUGACGUCAGAGGGCCCGGGACUUCCGGACCCGACGUCACCUCGGCAGGGCGGUCAAGGUAGAGCCCGCUGCCUUCUAGACGAGCAAGCGAGCUUCUGCCUGCCGCUCUCGGGAAAUGGAGUCAGAAGUCAAGGAAGAAGUUCCCGUGCAUGAGGAAUUCAUUUUAUGUGGUGGAGUUGAAACCCAGGUUCUAAAAUGUGGGCCCUGGACUGACCUCUUUAAGGACCCAAGUGCCACCAGGCCUAAGCUGCUUAUUUUCAUUAUCACUGGUAACCCGGGUUUUUCUAUGUUUUACGUGCCGUUUGCAAAGGCUUUAUACUCUGCAAUAAACAGACGCUUUCCAGUUUGGGUGAUCAGUCACGCCGGGCAAGUUGUGGCCCCCAAAGACAAGAAGAUUCUCGCAACCCCGGAUGAUCCCAAUGCUCAAGAAAUCAAGGACAUCUAUGGGCUCAGCGGUCAAAUAGAACACAAGCUGGCUUUCCUGAGAACUCACGUGCCCAAGGAGACCAAACUGGUGCUCAUCGGCCAUUCCAUAGGCAGCUACAUUUGCCUCCAGAUUCUGAAGCACGCCCCUGAGAUGCCAAUAAUCCGCGCCUGUCUGCUCUUCCCGACAAUUGAGCGAAUGUCCGAGACGCCCAAUGGCAGGAUCGCCACCCCACUCCUGUGCUGGCUCCGGUAUGCCCUCUACGCCUCCAGCUACUUGCUCCUGAAGCCGUGUCCAGAGACGGUCAAGUCCUGGCUCAUCAGAAUGGUCCUUCAGAGGAUGAACCUGCAGAGCGAACACUCACUCCUGAGUCUGUUGGAGCCCUUCUGCCUUGCUAAUGCUGCCUACCUUGGGGGCCAAGAAAUGAUGCAGGUGGUGAAGAGAGACAAUGAAACCAUAAAGGAACAUUUAUCCAAGCUUACAUUUUACUAUGGGACUAUCGAUCGCUGGUGUCCGACACAGUACUAUGAAGACAUGAAGAAAGAUUUUCCGGAAGGAGAUAUUCGGCUCUGUGAGAAGAAAAUACCUCACGCUUUUGUGCUCUACUCCCACCAGGACAUGGCCGACAUGGUGGCCGACUGGCUGAAGGACGACCUGGCCAAAAUAGACGCAGCGGAGUAAGCAAACGGGGGCUGACCGCUGGCGCAGGGAGGCGGUGGGCGCACCGACUCUCAGCAGGAAGUAAUAGACUUAGUAGGUAAAUGCUUGAUUUCAACGGUUGAUAGUGGAAGUGAAACAGAGUGAGAACCUCUUGGCCUAAAAACCACCAGCUCCCAGCUUCCCCCAGUACAGGCUGAAGUCAACACAGUUAAUGAAACAUUCCUUAUGCUUAACCGCACACUUUCCAAGGCUCAGGAACGUAAUGAUCUAAACAGGUCUCUGAUGUUUGCGAGAGAGGCCCGGGGCACCAUGCAGCCUACUUGGGCAGGCAGGAUCCUUGCAGACAAAGGAGGUGUACAUUUAGUUGGUUUUGACUUACGUUAUAGAAAAGGCUGUCCUAGAGGGGAGACCAGUGAACGUUCAGUGUAUGGUCAGACACGUGGAGUGUAGAAGCUCAGGAGAAGGUUAUACUCACACUCCAGACCUUGGCAGUGGACCGGAGUCUCCCUUAAGGACAGGAGCCAAAGAUCAGCCCAGACUCCUUUGCAGGGGUCUUGGCUGAGAUCAUCAGAAUCGGGCCGGGUCCCGAGGACAGUCUGCAGGCAGACCUGUGUCACAAACCACCAGGGCAGCCUGUGUCUGGCCACCGGUGGCACAGGCCCCGGCAGAGCCAACGUCAGGGGAGGCACCGCCCAUGCCCACCUCUGAGCAGCUUCCCCCAGGAGCGCGACUUCCUGGUCUACCUGCGUUAGACAGAGACUCGGGUUCGCCAGGUGUUCCUCUGCUCACCUGAGCAGACAGGAGUCGUUGAGGGGUCCUGACUACAUCUCCCACCGCAAGGCAGCCAGCGGGCUCUGUUUCUCCAGAGCCGGGGUGGGGAGGCCCUGGCUUGCCCCGGACCAGCCUUUGCCUACCGAAUGCAGCUGCCCCUUCUGCGCUUCCCUUCUGGGAGCUCCCGUGAGGACCAGCAGUGAGCCAAGUACCGUGCUAGCCACUGAGGAUAGAGUCUUAGCUAUAAUUAUGGUUCUUUUUUUCUUCUACUAAGUAAUUUUCAAAAGGGCAUCUUUAAAUUGCUGAGUUGAGAAUUUCCAUUACCGUAAAUGAUUGUUCCAUUUCUGUAUUAGCGUAUUAGUUGUAAAGAAAUUGUUUUACUAAUGAACCAAAACGAGCCAUUCAAUUAUGUAAACUCACCUUGUGUGGGCACCUUGAGAUCCGGUGGAGAAGCAGCUAGCCCUGCAGCCUAGAGCGGGCCGCCAGUAUCGCUGCCUUCCCCGGACCGACUCGGGCCUGGGGCCUCGGGAGCCGGCCAUCGCACCGAGUGCCGUGGCGACUGACCACACGGAGCAGAAACAUUCCGUUUUCUCCUGGAGGGAUCCUUCAGGCUUGAGGGCAACAGGAUGGAUGCUGGCCUUCCUCUCAGAGCCUACAGCCCCUGAUGAAAGACGCAGCCCCAACACGCUGCCAGCCCCGUGGUGAGAGCCGAACCGGUUACUAGCAGGCAGGGCUUCUGCAUUAGAGCAAAGGACUUUUGGAGGGGCAGAUCCAAGCUGCAGGCAAGGAGUGUUCUCGGCUCCAGAGAGGAGGAGCCGGGACACACCUAGGCCACUGGCACAGGGCUGCACACGGACCCCCGUCGGCACCUGCGUGGGAAGGCCUUGGAGAGGUCGGCUGUCAGCAGCUGGGACUCCUGGCGGGGAAGAACCUUGCAUACAGGAGGUGCUCAGCAGUGCUGACUUGAGCACUGAAGCAAGGGCCGGGUGGAUCACACCUACCGAAAUAAAGAACAGCAUCCCCGGCUUUCUUCUGGUGUCGUUUCGUGACCUUACUCCAUGUUCCAAAAGUCCACAUGUAUGAAACUGUAUCUCAUGUUGCUUUUCAGAGCUUAAAAAUGAUCAAAAGUAAAAUGAUAAAGUAAAAUAUCACUGGCUCUCAUUUCCUCUUUAUCAUCUAGGCACCCAAUUAAUUUUUGAAACAAAUGCUUUUCCAGGCGGCUGGGUGCGGUCUGAACCGUGCUCCUCAGUGGGACUCGGGCCGGGGUCCCUCUGUGAAGUGGAAAAGCCACUGCUCUCCCUGUUUCCUUCAGAGAAGGAAGAGUCAGAUUUCAGGGGUUGACGCUCAUUGUAUUUCAUUAGGAAUUAAACAAUAGGCUUUGUAAAUGUCUCCGUGCAUACGUAUAAGGUGAUAAGGUGUGUGAACUCUAGGGGUCUUACAGCCUGUGCAAGGCUUAGGCAGCUUCAUCCGGUUGCUCCAUGCCCCACUGUCCUCACACGCAGGACAGUAUCGAUACUAGUGCGUACUGCAUACCGAUGGAAGAAUUAAAGAAGGUGAUAAAAUUAAAGCAUUUAACACAAUGCCUGACCAAGAGUAUAUCCUAAUAAAGAUUGGCUAUAAUAAUACUGAUGAUUAUUAUUAACUGUUAUAAUACUAAAAAUAAAAGGCUGAGACUGAUGAGCAGUACGUGAAAUCUAUUUUUCCAGAAGCAUUUCUGCCUCUGUGUCCCAGCUGGCCGCCUGGAUGGCCCUCAUCAGAGAUUUAACUUCCUGUGGGGUUGGCCGGCGGGAAGGGAAAGCCUACACUGGAGUGUGACCCGUGCCCGCGGUGGCUCUCGGGCUGCUCGGGACCCUGGGACGGGUCUCCCGGGCAGCCAGCCCCGUGGCUCUCGUGGCUGACGUCCAAGGCGGCCAGUGACCUGCAAAGGCUUGAUUGUUCUUCACCCUACUCUGUAUUAAACUUAAAUUCAAUUCCAGAUUGAAGGAGACGGGACAAUAUAAUGCAACCCCUGAUUCUGGGUUCAAGGUUAUCACAAAAACACCCUGUUGGGACCGUGUGCACACCUGAGAGGGUCUGAAGAUGAGCUGGGCGGGGCGGAUGUUGGUUUUCCGGCGGCAUCGGUCCCACUGUGCAGGAGGAGGAGGCCGUCCGCAUGCGCACUGCAGACUCGUGGAAGUGGGCGGGGCGCGGGGGCAGCCAGUCAGUUUACUCACAAAUGGUCCGGGGGGCGGGGCGAGGAAUGUCCUUUGUAUUUUACUUGCAACUGUUUUGUAACUUUGAGAUGAUUUUGAAAUUUACAUAAAAAUAAUCAUUUU